UGAGGGUUAGGUAUGGGGCAUCGUCUGAGGGUUAGGUAUGGGGCAUCGUCCGAGGGUGUUAGGUAUGGGGCAUCGUCUAGGGGUUAAGGUUAGGUAUGGGGCGUUGUGUGGGAGAGAUGGGGUUAGGUAUGGGGCAUUGUGUGGGAGCGGUUGCAUAAAAGUACAUUUGGGUUAGUACAUUGUUUACUUGAGCUGAGACCGUGCUCUGUGCUGUGUUUUUUUUCUGUGCGUCUUACUCAGGUGUGUCGUGCUCUUAGGUAGGUGUGUGUGUGUUCUUGUGUGUCGUGCUCUUAGGUGUGUGUGCACGCAUUUGAAAGAGCUGAUGAGAAGAGACAGGGUAGCUACAGGCGCAGGCAGGGAUUGGACAGACAGACAGACAGACAGACAGACAGACAGACAGACAGACAGACUCAUCACACAGUUCAUUCUGGAUCUGAUUUAUCUCUAUCGAGUUCACAGAGGAAAAAAAACAAAGAAAUGCAAUUCAAAUAAUUGAACUGACCUCGGCCAAUUUAGUUGUUUGAAAACCGAAAAUUACUGAAAUGUUGGUUAAUCGCUCAGCACGAGUGUUCAUAUUUGCAUAAGAUCGAACCAUGGAAGGAUCGUCUUCUGAUUGUACAACUGAGUACAAAAUGUUCCCAUGUAUUCACUCAACCAAUCUGCGGUCGCCAACUGAACUAACAGCACAGAAGCUGAUGCAGAAUUACAAAGGAGCUUACAGUUAGAGCACUGUCGCUGAACAUUGACUGUUGUUUUAAUAGAGCUGCUAGCACUGUCGAGCCCUGUUAUAUAUAGGAUAUAUCACUAACUGAACAUUGACUAUUGUUUUAAUAGAGGUUCUAGCACUGUAGAGCCCUUUUAUAUAGGAUAUAUCACUAACUGAACAUUGACUGUUGUUUUAAAAGAGGUAAGGAUGAAAAUUGAUUGUGUCUGUUAGAGGGGAGGACAUGUCAGUUGUUCAGGACCUGCCCUUUGAUAUUUGGAUCUAGGUUGUUACUGUUUCUCAUUUGAUAAGGCUACAUGUAGGUUAGUGACUAACUCCUUAGCCUCGUUUCACCCUGCUCUAUUUCUGAUCCAUCUGUUCUGUGACGACGGUUAGCAUUUCUACACAAAGGUGCCAACGUUUUUUAGUUUGUUGGUGUUUUCAAACAGGAGACUGUUUAUGGUUACACCUAUAGAGUGCAGUCACAACUCCCACCUGCCGCUGCAGUGGAUCCCCUAUAACCCUAACCCUGUUUAUGGUUACACCUAUAGAGUGCAGUCACAACUCCCACCUGCCGCUGCAGUGGAUCCCCUAUAACCCUAACCCUGUUUAUGGUUACACCUAUAGAGUACAGUCACAACUCCCACCUGCCGCUGCAGUGGAUCCCCUAUAACCCUAACCCUGUUUAUGGUUACACCUAUAGAGUGCAGUCACAACUCCCACCUGCCGCUGCAGUGGAUCCCCUAUAACCCUAACCCUGUUUAUGGUUACACCUAUAGAGUGCAGUCACAACUCCCACCUGCCGCUGCAGUGGAUCCCCUAUAACCCUAACCCUGUUUAUGGUUACACCUAUAGAGUACAGUCACAACUCCCACCUGCCGCUGCAGUGGAUCCCCUAUAACCCUAACCCUGUUUAUGGUUACACCUAUAGAGUGCAGUCACAACUCCCACCUGCCGCUGCAGUGGAUCCCCUAUAACCCUAACCCUGUUUAUGGUUACACCUAUAGAGUACAGUCACAACUCCCACCUGCCGCUGCAGUGGAUCCCCUAUAACCCUAACCCUGUUUAUGGUUACACCUAUAGAGUGCAGUCACAACUCCCACCUGCCGCUGCAGUGGAUCCCCUAUAACCCUAACCCUGUUUAUGGUUACACCUAUAGAGUGCAGUCACAACUCCCACCUGCCGCUGCAGUGGAUCCCCUAUAACCCUAACCCUGUUUAUGGUUACACCUAUAGAGUGCAGUCACAACUCCCACCUGCCGCUGCAGUGGAUCCCCUAUAACCCUAACCCUGUUUAUGGUUACACCUAUAGAGUGCAGUCACAACUCCCACCUGCCGCUGCAGUGGAUCCCCUAUAACCCUAACCCUGUUUAUGGUUACACCUAUAGAGUACAGUCACAACUCCCACCUGCCGCUGCAGUGGAUCCCCUAUAACCCUAACCCUGUUUAUGGUUACACCUAUAGAGUACAGUCACAACUCCCACCUGCCGCUGCAGUGGAUCCCCUAUAACCCUAACCCUGUUUAUGGUUACACCUAUAGAGUACAGUCACAACUCCCACCUGCCGCUGCAGUGGAUCCCCUAUAACCCUAACCCUGUUUAUGGUUACACCUAUAGAGUGCAGUCACAACUCCCACCUGCCGCUGCAGUGGAUCCCCUAUAACCCUAACCCUGUUUAUGGUUACACCUAUAGAGUACAGUCACAACUCCCACCUGCCGCUGCAGUGGAUCCCCUAUAACCCUAACCCUGUUUAUGGUUACACCUAUAGAGUACAGUCACAACUCCCACCUGCCGCUGCAGUGGAUCCCCUAUAACCCUAACCCUGUUUAUGGUUACACCUAUAGAGUACAGUCACAACUCCCACCUGCCGCUGCAGUGGAUCCCCUAUAACCCUAACCCUGUUUAUGGUUACACCUAUAGAGUACAGUCACAACUCCCACCUGCCGCUGCAGUGGAUCCCCUAUAACCCUAACCCAGUAGAGGUCCUAUAGGCUGCCAUAUUGUUUAAAACAUCUAUUUUCACAUUCUGGUCUACUGUACCUGAACAGGUCUGACUUUCCCUUGUAUUCGUCAUUCAUUCUGCUCAUUCAUGGUCUACAGUUGUUUUAGCAUUUUAGUUACAUUGAAGAUGACAAAUGUUGAAGCUGACAGUAACAUUUUUAAUUAAGAAACAAGAAGUAUUGGAGGAAGGUUUCCUAACGGUUUCCCAGUGAGAACUCCUCAUCCUGUCCCGGGCUGCUUCCUAUGUUCUCUGUGUGUUUUGAAUGGCAGUGUUCGGGACAGUUACAUAUGAAACUGGGUCACAGGUGGGGGCGUUGCCACUUAAAUUAUUCAAAUGAGGUCUCUCUCUCCGCCAAUGGCAUAAUUUCUGCAGUUGGGACAGGAGCUGCAGAUUCCCAGCUUAGCAGAGCUAGUCAGUCUCACUGUGCUUAUUCUUUGUUCCUCGUCGGUACAUGAGCAGGGCUGCCCCGGUUGCCACCUUGUAUUGCCCAGAGAACAGAAUUUCUGCCAAUUCUGUUUGAAUAUUUUUUACUUUUAUUAAUUAUACUGGACAUUUUCUACAUUUGAAGUAUUGCCUUUUGGUGUUAAUGGACAAAAAAAUAAUGAAUUCCCAAUUUUAUACAGUGGAGAUGGACGUUGGUGUUUGUCAACUGAGGAAUUUAUCUAUCUCUUUUCUGUCAUCUGUGCUUGCAAAAGAGACAACUCCAGUCAGGCUUGACAAUAGCUCUUCUGGUGCCAGUUUGGUGGCCAUCGACAAUAAAAUCGAACAAGCAAUGGACCUGGUAAAGAGCCACCUGAUGUAUGCCGUGAGAGAGGAGGUAGAUGUGUUGAAGGAACAGAUUAAGGAGCUGGUAGAGAGGAACUCCCAGUUGGAGCAGGAGAACAGCCUCCUGAAAACCCUGGCCAGCCCAGAGCAGAUGGCUCAGUUCCAGGCUCAGGUCCAGCCCAGCUCUGGCUCCCCGACAGCGACAGGCUCCUCUAACCCCCAGCCUCAGCCCCUGCCGUCCUCACAGAGCUCUGGGACCUCUACAUAGCCCCCUUCCUCGGAGAGACGUACGCAGGAGGGAGGAGAACCUUUACUCUACUGCGAACUGACCUCAUGCAAUGCAACAAGAACCACUAUGGCUCAAUCAAGGAGAGACUGCUACAAAAAUAAAACCAUGUUUUGCACAUUUAUUUAACUGACCAAAGACAAUGAUGGACACUUGUGUGUCAGGUGUUCUCUUCGCUUGGAAUGCUUCAGACGAUCGCCAUGGAGACCAGGGAGGUGAAUGGAACAGAUGGACAUUUGUCAUGGAGAUGAAACAGACAACAACCCACAACUGGUGCACUGUCUUCGGAUCUCUACAGUGACUGUUGAAUUGUGCCGUUGCUGCCAUUUCUUUCCAUUUUCAUUUUGUUGGAUUAUUACCUAGCUGUGAAUUGAAUCAAAGAACAAGAAAUGAGGUGCAUUAUCUGUAGGGAUCAUUAAAGAAAGAGAAAACAAGACCCCAUCUGGUAGGGUGGAACAUACAGUGCAUUUGGAAAUAAAUUCAGACCACUUUAGUUUUUCCAAAUUUUGUUGCAUUACAGUCCAUUCUAAAAUUGAUGAAAUUGUUUUUUUCCACAUCAAUCACCUCAAUCUACCCCGUAAUGACUAAACAAAAACAUUUUUUUAGUAAUUUUGGGAAAUGUAUUAAAUAUAAAAAACGGAAAUAUCACAUUUACAUAAGUAUUCAGACCCUUUACUCAGUACUUUGUUGAAGCACCUCUGCCAGCGAUU